AUUUGGCACUUGGCAGUUCGAUCCUUCAUUUCUUUCGGCUGGCAGAAUAUAUUCAUAAUUUGACUGAAAAUUCUUAUUCACGACAAAUCUAUAUUAAUGGUGUACUUGUAGUGUUUUUAUACAGUGGUCUGGUAUACAUCGGUCUGCCUUGAGCAGCGAUUAAGUUACGAAAAUGGCUUCAAGAGGUGGUGUUAUGGUAACAGGUACGAACGGCGCUGACUUCGAACAUAGGGAAAAAAUAGCGGCUCAGUAUCAAAUAAGUGCACUGAACAAAUCUCGGCUGAAGUACUGUGUGUUCUUUCACCAUGUAUUGUUCUUUGUGAUGAUUGCCAAGCUCUCCGCAGACAUCCUGGACAAACUUGACAUAUUCAUACUGGAGAUUGAGGAACUACAGAUACCACAGCCCCUCUGGUGGGAGUACAUCUGGUGCCUGUCCCUUCUGCUGUCAUUUUUGGGCCUGUCCGCCAUCAAGCGCAACAACAUUCGGCAGCUGCGGCGCUACAUGUAUGGCAUUGGUGCGCUGGGCUUCGGGCCACUACUGUAUUGCGUGAUAUACUACUGUGGGGAUGUCUGGCGGUACCUUUCUAGGGAUGAAGAUGAAGAUGACAGCUCAGAGGUUGAGGUAGAGCUGUGGCAGGGCCUCCCUUAUGGCUUGCUGUGGUACGCGUUCGUGCUGUUGGCGUCGCAGGUGCACUUCUUCCAGCUGUACUUCUCUAUGAACCUACUGAAGGCGUGGCGCGCGCGCGGCGCGCUCAGGAAAGCCGAAUAGGGCUCGAGGUGUUAGUGUGUGUGGACCCUCCGCGACACUGGACAGGCGACGGCUCCGGCCAAGCCAAGUGUUGCUCAAUCAACCGGGCUAGCACGUGAUUGGCGCG